AUGAAGGUCAUCAUUGUCGGAGGAUCCAUCGCCGGCCUCUCCCUCGCCCACUGCCUGGAAAGGGCCAACAUUGACUAUGUCAUUCUAGAGAAGAAGGAGGAAAUAGCCCCCCAGGAAGGCGCAUCCAUUGGUAUCAUGCCCAAUGGUGGUCGGAUCCUGGAACAGCUUGGGCUAUACGACCGGAUUGAGGAGCUGAUUGAGCCUUUGGUAAAGGCGCAUGUAACCUACCCCGACGGCUUUGGCUUUACAAGUCGGUAUCCUGCACUCAUACAGCAGCGGUUUGGCUAUCCACUUGCAUUCUUGGAUCGACAGAAGUUACUACAGAUCCUGGCAACUGAACCCAUUCAAUCCGGCCGAGUGAGACUAGAUCACAAGGUCGAGAGCAUUGAAACCUCACCAGAUAGCGUCACGGUGAGAACAAGCAAUGGACAAACCUAUCAGGGCGAUCUUGUCGUGGGGGCCGAUGGAGUGCAUAGUCGGGUACGAGCGGAGAUGUGGCGAUUGGCCAAUGCCUCGCAGGGGACCAUUUUUGGGAGUGAAGACAAAGGGUUUACAAUCAACUAUGCCUGCAUCUUCGGAAUUUCGUCACAAGUCGAUCAAUUGGACCCGGGCGAGCAAGUCACCUGUUACAAUGAUGGGUGGAGUAUCCUUAGCGUGAUCGGACAGAAUGGCAGGAUCUAUUGGUUCCUCUUUAUCAAGCUGGAGAAGGAGUAUGUCUAUGACGGAUCACACGAAAGCCUGCCACGCUUCAGCCGCGAAGAUGCCCGAGUUCAUUGCGAGAGGCUGGCGCAGGAGCCACUCCGGAAAGAUGUCACAUUCGGCCAGGUCUGGGCUCGAUGCGAGGUCUUUCAAAUGACCCCUUUGGAAGAAGGUUUACUCGGCAAAUGGCACUGGAGAAACAUUAUAUGCAUUGGAGACAGCAUGCAUAAGUUCGCACCGCAUAUCGGACAGGGUGCCAAUUGCGCUAUCGAGGAUGCAGCCCAGCUCAGCAACAGUCUCCACACUUGGCUGCACGGUUGUGGAAAGGAGCACCAACCGGCAGCUGAUGCUCUGCCAGAGGUUCUUGCUAGAUUUGUCGAGGAUCGCCUCCGUCGGCUAGGACCGACGGCCAUGGCCGCUCGAUCUGCCAUGCGUCUCCACGCGCGUGAAGGGCUCAUAAACCGGAUUCGGGGGCGCUAUCUCUUGCCCUACGCUGGUGAUAAGCCGGCUGACUGGGCUUCCCGAGGAAUUGCGGGUGGUAUUACCUUAGACUUUGUAGAGUCACCCGCACGCUCCGGCCCUGGCUGGGUUCAAUUCAGCCAGUCAGUCUGGUCUAUCUUCCUUGCGGCAGCCUCACGACACGCCAAUGGCGACCCCGUUCCUCUGGACUUCGUGCUUGGUCGCGCAGGACUGGCCUUUAUGUACACUUAUCUACUGAGCGGCGCGGGAAUGGUAUGGAACGACUGGAUCGACCGGGACAUUGAUGCCCAGGUCGCCCGUACCAAGAACCGCCCCCUCGCCUCCGGUCGGCUUUCCACCAAAGCUGCCCUCAUCUGGAUGCUAGUCCAGUACGCGGGCUCGGUCUGGUUGAUGGACCGCAUGGUGAACGGGCAGAACGUAUGGACAUUCAUGCUCCCCCUAACAACCGGUAUCAUCUUGUACCCCUUCGGCAAGCGACCCACAAGUCGUAAGCUGGGCGUCUACCCCCAGUACAUCCUCGGUGCAAGCAGCGCCCUCACCAUCCUCCCAGCCUGGGCCUCCGUCUUCCCAAGCGGUAUAUCCAUGAAGGACCUGGGUGUGCAGUGUCUCCCGCUCUCCGUCUUCCUGUUCCUCUGGACCAUCUACUUCAACACCGCCUACAGCUACCAGGAUAUCAAGGAUGACUGUAAGCUCAACGUGAAUUCGUCAUACGUCCUUGCGGGAAGUCAUGUGCGCGGAUUGCUUCUGUUACAGGCUGCUUCUGUGGUGCUGGUGAUCCCUUGGAUUCUUUAUACCAAUGGGUCUGCUUGGCUGUGGUUCUCGUGGCUGGGAGUGUGGACGGCGUCCCUCGGCGAGCAGCUGUAUCUCUUUGAUGUGAAGGAUCCGAGUAGUGGUGGCAAGGUUCAUCGGCGCAAUUUUGGGCUGGGAAUUUGGAAUGUUCUCGCUUGCUUUGUUGAGCUGCUAUUUGUGUCGGGCUCUCUGUGA